UGUGGCCAAUACCAGCCUGACUGACACACCGCACACAGGGGACCCUAUAUAAGUCGUGCAGCUGUCAGGUGGAGGACACUGGCUGCUUUGCGCUGGGAGACGACUCGCUUUAGGGGAUUACAGCUCUAGAUACACACACAUUCAAACUCUUAACAAUGUCUUGGGGAUACGCAGCGAACAACGGACCCGACAAAUGGGCUGAUAACUUCCCUAUUGCCAAUGGACCCCGCCAGUCUCCCAUUGACAUCGUACCUGGUGAAGCAUCAUACGACGCGGGGCUGAAGGCGCUCAACCUGAAGUACGACCCCUCCACCUGCCUUGAUAUCCUCAACAACGGACAUUCCUUCCAAGUGACCUUCGUAGAUGACAACGACAGCUCAACUCUGACAGACGGACCAAUCUCAGGGAUCUACAGGCUCAAGCAGUUUCAUUUCCACUGGGGGGCUUCUGACGACAAGGGCUCUGAGCACACUGUGGCCGGGACCAAGUAUCCUGCUGAGCUCCACCUGGUGCACUGGAACACCAAAUAUGCAAGCUUCGGAGAAGCCGCGAGCCAGCCCGACGGACUCGCCGUUGUUGGAGUUUUCCUGCAGAUUGGUGCUGAAAAUGCAAAUCUCCAGAAGGUUCUUGAUGCUUUUGAUGUCAUCAAGGCCAAAGGCAAGCAGACCUCUUUCGCUGACUUCGACCCCGCCACUCUGCUCCCUGGUUGCCUAGACUACUGGACGUACGACGGCUCCCUGACCACACCCCCUCUGCUGGAAAGCGUUACCUGGAUUGUCUGCAAAGAGCCAGUCAGCGUCAGCUCUGAGCAGAUGGCCAAAUUCCGCAGCCUGCUCUUCUCUGCUGAGGGGGAGGCCGAGUGCUGCAUGGUGGACAACUACCGCCCUCCCCAGCCGCUCAAGGGUCGCGCUGUCCGUGCUUCCUUCCAGUAAUGCCCCCUCCCCCUCAGUCGCCCUUUAUGCCCUGUUGCCCUCUCCCUCCCUCCCCACCC